AUGCGAUCAGCUUCUGUGAACAAUGAAUGUUACGCUCAAGUGGUUGCGAAAGCAAACUUACACAAACACAUUCUGCAUGCUUCUCAUGAUCUCCACAAGCACAUCUCUAGAACAGUCAAUGAGUUUGAACACUCGUCUUUGCAAUCCACUUUUGGAUGGGACUCCGAUAUAUCUUUCCCUAAGGUUCUUGGAGACGUGAUAGAAUCUUUAGCCGGUGCGAUAUUUGUUGAUUCGGGUUACAACAAGGAAGUAGUGUUUGCGAGUAUAAAACCGCUGUUGGGUGUUAUGAUAACUCCAGAGACUGUCAAGUUGCAUCCUGUGAGAGAGCUGACAGAGUUAUGCCACAAAGCGCAGUUCGAGUUGAGUAAAGGUAAAGGUUUCGAAAAUGGUGAAGCUUGUUUCACAGUUGAAGUGAAAGCUAAGGAGAUGAGUUUUGCUCACACUGCAAAGGCCUCUGAUAAGAAGAUGGCCAAGAAAUUGGCUUACAAAGAAGUCCUAAGCUUACUCAAGAAGAGCCUUGACUCCUAA